AUGAGCGACGUGUUGCGCCGGAGACCACGCCCCCCAGACUGCUUCGGGCUGUUCCCUCUGCGGCUGUUCUGUGCGCCUCCCGCCGCCGUCUCUGCCUCUGUCACACUCAGAUUAGACUUAAUCCUGGAGGAGGGCAGUCAAGACGCUGCCCAUAGCCCCAUCUCUGCGCGCUGUCUCCGGGUACACUCCCACGGCUGCCCCCCACGGACCCCCCUCAUUCACUCUGCACCUUUUUCCAUUGAAGAUGAUCCACAAGUCUUGCCCUGCUGCUGCUGCUGCUCGCUCGCCAAUCCCAAACAUGUUAGCCGGCUAACUAGCUUCAUAAGAGUUCGUAAAUCGGAUUAUCCACAGACGACAUCCUCCCACGGGGUAAUAACCAGAAAUCUUCGCAGAAAAGGGAAAAAGUGCAGAUGCGGUAGCCAGAGAGACCCCCCCGGACCAGCGAGCGAAGACGGACCCUGA